UACAUAGAAUUUAAUAUAUCUACAUUUGCUCUUGCAACGGUUAAAAAUAAGGAAAUUUCCAGUUUUUUUUCUUAAGAAACUUGACUAGUUAAAUUAUUACUUUACAGUCUUGUUUAUUGACAUUUUAGUAUAUGUUUCAUGAUUUUUUAAAAAUUAAUUUAUUAAAAUACUGCGCCUCAAAUACAAUCUCCUUUUCGAGUUCGGCUCUUAUACAUUGUUUUAUUAUUGCAAUGUGAAUUAUUAAUAUUAUAGGUACAUAAAUUAAAAAAUUUAAAGAAAAGUCAAUUUAUAUCAUAGCUACAACGUAAAAUAUGAGUGCUUUCCAGUAAAACAAGUAACAAAUAAAGUGAAUCGUUACAGUCUUGUUUGCCAAUGUUAAACAAAGAUAAAAUCACUGUUACACAGCGUCAUUUACAUCUCUCUCUGAAAAGCACUCUAUAUGUAAUACAUACAUUCUAUUAUGCUAACGAACAUACAUUUUUACUUACAGAUGCCGAUGGACCGACCGAAGCGUUAUGUUUCGAAGCCAUCUCGCUACCAGACGACCUCUUCAGAAGACGAACGUGUGACACAUUCAUCGAAGAAGCCCUGCAAUCCAUCGACAAUCACGGAUGCGGAGAUCGACAAUUACAUCGACAACCUACGAAGCAUUCUGGAGGAUACUUCUACGAAUAAGACAAAUUAUAUUAAUUAUUCACAAAAAUCCCAACAGCGAUUACAACAAAAUUUAAAUCCACAGAUGUCCACAAACACAUCAUCACCAUAUAUUCCACCUACAUUAACUAAUUCAUACACAACACUUCCCACUUCACACACAAUUAACAAAAACACAUCAUAUACAUCAUAUAUUCCAUCUACAUUAACAAAUUCAUACACAACACUUCCCACUUCACACACAAUUAACAAAAACACAUCACAUACAUCAUAUAUUCCAUCUACAUUAACAAAUACAUACACAGCACUUUCAACUUCACACACAAUUAACAAAAACACAUCACACACAUCAUAUAUUCCACCUACAUUAACUAAUACAUACACAGCACUUUCAACUUCACACACAAUUAACAAAAACACAUCAUCACACACAUCAUAUACUCCACCUACAUUAACAAAUACAUACACAGCACUUUCAACUUCACACACAAUUAACAAAAACGCACCAUCAUACACAUAUGUUCCACCUACAUCAACUACAUACACAACGCUUUCCACUUCACACACAUUAGACACCUACGAUAACAAUAAUUUUUCAGAUUCUUCUGCACCCAUUUUGACAGAUACACGUACAGAUGGAGUCAUUUUUAAUAAUAAUGCACACGAAAUUCCAUUUCAGGCAAAUACGAGAAGCUGUACAAUGCAUAAUAAUCAACAUGUAAAUUAUGAAACAUCAGCACGGACAAGUGAUAUAAAUAAUUGGUCAAUUAACAUGUUGCACGAACGCAUGGAUCGGAUGGAGGCAGAAUUCAAAAGGACGAAUACUUUACUUCAAAAUAUUUUGAAGUGCGUACAACCGAAUAAUCAAGGUGUACCACGAAAGCCUGCAGUUCUCCCAAUAUCAUCUAUAGCCGAAAAUAUGAAUGAAGAUGAUUAUAAUGAUGUCGUGAAUUAUCUUCGUUAUAUAGGCGGCUUUAAUUUAAAAGAGGCAGUAAAUCUGUGUCUAAAAGAGACUUUGAAAGACACUGUAACACCGUCGUUCACAUGGUGGGGCCGCGAAAAGCGUGAAGGAGCGCAACGGCCAUUAUAUAACGCUCGGUUAAUUAUUGCUAUUUAGGACGCUGUAUGUAAAAACCGGCACUUCCCAAAGCCCACUCGUACGGAGUUUCAAACCCAGGCGAAGGAAGCUCUCCGGGCUGCAAAGGAAAGGGCAAGAACCAAGUUGCAAGGUCCACGUGCACGCAUGCCGGUUCCAAGGAAUCGUAAUUUUUGGAACGACGAGCCCGAACGAGAACAAGAAGAGGAAGUAAAUAACAAUUAAUAAUGUUACAGAUACUCCACUGGAGACGUUGCUACUCAGACCCUGCUCACCAACAUAGAGGGAAGGAUGACUAGGUCAUCGCGACGACGUCCACGGAACGAAAGAAGAUACAAUCGGCAUUUUUUAAUGCCAACCGGUCUCGGUAGAUGCUAAGCUGUGUGAGAAAGUAUUUUGUCUCAACUCGGAAUGUAACAUUGAUCCAAGCAAUCGUUAUGUCCAAUGACGCCGGUUUACCAAUAAAACAGAUGAAAAGAUUACGCACAUUAUCGAGAAUCACAUACAUGUAAAGCACCAACCGUACAUGGACGUGACUUUUUAGUGUGUGUAUCUUUACGUCUGUUUUAUGAGUGAACCGCGGGUUCUUUUUAGCACUGCAUACACCGAAACUGAUUUCAAAAUUAGGUGUUGCGGUAUAACGUUUACUUGGCUCGAUUUUACGUAUCUAUUUUGGGAUUAAACCUUCCUCGCACAGCUCUAGUGGAGAUCAAUCAAUCGGCACUUUUCAGUGCCAUUUAUAUUGAUUCUACGGGAAUCAUCUCGGUUAUCGCAAUUGACACUUUUCAAUAUCUUUUGUUGUUUACGACAUUAAUAUUUGUAACACUUUUGUAAUAGUAACUAUCGAAGCUUCUUGGAUAGUUAAUAUUUCAAAAAAGUGCUACAACACGUUUUUUUAAAUAUUAUUUUUCCUUUAUGUGAUGUCUUUUUGUACCAAUAUAUUCAAAAGCUGUAUAAUGUGCGAUAAAAGAAGUAUUGAUACAAAUAGACAUUACUCUCUGUUCUAACAAAAGUUAAAUUUAAAAUUUUGUGUUUUGUUCUGUUUAGAUUUGCCAAAGAGAGAAAGAUUUAGGACUUUGUGACAGAGGUGCAUUUUUUCACUCGAAAGACCAGAGGAGGAUUAAUCUGUAAUAUAAAAUACUUUUAAGUUAAAUUACUAAAUUUUAUUUUACAUUUGGAUUUUUCUUUUAUUUGAUAUAUGUUAUAUUUUGUAAAUGAUACAUAUAUAUUGUGACGUGGUAGCUCAGCUGCCACGAGUAGCAGCGUUCCUCCCCCGUCACAGGCUGCGAAUUCGCGCCGUACGGGGAAAAUAGGCGAGAGGCGAGAGGGGAUCUCCAUGGGGAACCGCGACAGACCUAGCGAGCGUAGCAUUAAUUUCUUAUAUUUUUGAUUUCUUUGCGCGGCGGCCGUCUUCCGAUGGAAUGCGACGAGAGAGAGCGAGAGAGGAGGAGAGAGAGCGACGACGAUGCGGGGAAGGAGGAAGGACGCCACCGGUGCCCGGGAGAGACGAGCACGCGGCCCGCACGGGGAUUCGGCGUGGCCCUGGGAGAGCCACGGCCGGAGCCUAAGGCGGCGGUGCCCGCCGACACCACAACGGGACGUCCCGGAGGGCUGUGGAGGAGCCCGGAUGGGACCAAACGCGUCGAGGGAGGCGUCGAGUCCUCUCACGAGGAACGGAGGUCUCCGCAUGCGCUGCCCCGGCUCGGGAAGUGGCCCAGCGGGAGAAAGAAAAUUUCGCGGGGGCCUGCGAGGCCCCCGGAAGGAUUACGGCGCGCACGUCCCUGCGUACGCAGGACUGCGUGCCUUGCAGCAAUUGGGUCGCGGCGCGGAAACCAUGCGCAUGACUGGACGGGGGGUCGCGGCGUCGAUCCGGGAUCGACCGCGAUCCACCCCUCUUUUGCGUGCGAGCGGCCCAGCCGGGAAGUUGCGUGUCGUGUCCCUUAACAAAAUUAUCGGUGUGGCUUGUGCGAGGCCUCAAUCAGGAAAAAGGAACGAGCCUGGAGACGAGGGAGGACGUCGCCAGGACAUUAUCGGUGAGGUGGCCUGUCCAGAUAAGUUACUGUGAGCGGUUGCCGGCCGGCGAGGUGUUCCCGGGCCCGUUCUGCAUCCGCUUUUGUGUUGGCGCGUGACUCGCGUGGAACGCAGGGCGGUCAUACGUUCGUGUCAUUAAUUGGGAAUAUAUCGGAUGCAAGCGGGCGGAACGCCGAAGCGCCGAGCCACGGGGAGGACGAUCGUGAAGACGCGUGGGUUCCGUCGGAGAUUCCCCUCGACCGGGCGCGCCGCAAAGCCCUCGCGCGAGCGAGUAUCGCGUCGCGAGUAGCGGGGGGACGGGGCUUCCGGUUUCGCGACGGUGUGUAGUGCGGUAGCGGCCGGCGAUUAUUGUGUGACCCCCGCGAGACACGUGGUCGCGUUCUCUAGUUGCCGGGAGUGUCGGCACGUUCGAACGUCCGGAAUUCAUGUGCGCGGAAGAUUCCAUCGUCUGUCCUUGUCGGCCGCGCGCCUACAGCGGGAGCUUCCCGCGUAUCGUUAGCGUCUCUGUUUGGUUUGAUUCGCGCCGGGGCGCCGCCUUGUCGGAACGCCGCAUGCCGCGUCCCGCGAUAUUAUUGUUUUCGUCUGAUUAUUAAUUUUUAAUAAAGCUCGUUAUCUGU